AUCAUCGCUAGACGAAGGAAGCUCCACGAGAAAGAAAGAAAGAUCGGACACCGUAGGGUCGUUCCAGGAGAAGAGAGGUGCACAGAAUUUGGAUUGAUUUCCUUUUCCGAUCUGAAUACACCAAUUCUAUCUGCUUUCGGAUUUCCUUUACCAGAAGAAAGAUGGAGAAAGCUGCGGUGGUAUUGGUAAUGUUUUUUCUUAUUGCUUCUCAAGUUCCUUCAGGGAUGAUGCAUCCUGAUACUUUCCCUGCAUUUCUAUGGUCAUCUCAUCAGGAUAGCAUAGUAAAGGAAGCAGUAAAUUAUCAAACUCUGUCUCUGAAGGAUUUGGUCAAGUCUGUUUUGUUUGAAGGAGAGUGGUCAAACUUUCUGUGUUCUCAUAUGGAAAGACAGCAGCCUAUGGAUGUUGCACUUCUCAUUGUUGGAAGAGAGUUGAAAUCUCUGGAUAUUUCAAGGCCUACCCUUGGGGGUGCUGCCCAAGUCGAUUUUCUCAAGGAUUCUUUUAUGAGUGCCAACUUUUCCAUUGCUUUCCCAUAUGUUUCUGCUUCAAAUGAGGAAUUUGCUAUGGAGAAAUCUCUAGUUUCAGAGAUUGCAGAGAGUUGUGGUAGUCCUUCCGAACCAAACAAAGUUGUUUUCCUGGAUUCCUGCUCUUUGGAGGGUGAAAAUUUUGAAAAACUUGUCUCUUUUGAUGACUAUCUUGUUUCAAGAAAGGAAAAGAAACAAAAUGAACAAGCAGACUUGGUAGUGGCUUGCCAGGGAGCUUCCGAUUCUGACCUGUAUCAUGAUCAUUCACAACAAGGUCAAAUGUUAACCGGGCUUCUCAAUUCUGUGAAACUAUCGGGAGCAAGAUACACAGUUCUUUAUGUUUCGGACCCAUCUAGGCCAGUUCCACGUCCUUUACCUUCUCUGGGAAGAUUUCUUGCAGAGAGGACUGGAAAUCUAUCAGACAAAUCUGAAGUCUUCUGUGAUGAAGUUUGUCAGAUCAAAUCCUCACUUCUCUCGGGUCUUCUAGUUGCAAUUGUUCUGAUCAUAAUUUUGAUAUCGGGUCUUUGCUGCUUGAUGGGCAUCGACACUCCAACUAGGUUUGAAGCACCUCAAGAAUCUUGACUUGAUUUAUUCUUGGGCGAACGGCGAUCCUUUUUUGUCAUUACAAGAAUGUCUGUUUCCGAGACAUAAAUAAACUCAAAUGUGUAUCAUCCGUUAAUUUGAAAUUACAAUGUAACACUUAUUUAUUAAAGUUUGUUUAUUCAUUUGAGAA